GGCUAAAACGACCCAAAUAUAUUCAUGGGAAAUCAAGGGAGGUGGUAAAGGCCUUGUUUUGUGAGUUGCAUCUGACCGACACGUGGAUCUGUAAGGAAUGAAUACAGCAGCUUCCCACAGGUAUCAUCAUAUCUGAGCGAGUCCAAAGCUGUCUGAAAAUAUCAAUCUGAAUCCUCGCUUUCCCAACACGGACAUGAACAAGCCUCAGGGACCCUCAACACCACCAGAUUUCACACCGCGAAGCUCCAAUGAGGGAAUCAGGGUCGUUUGGUUCCUCGCGAGGAUUGGUCAGUCCCACGUGGUGCGCGGCGGAGUGGCCGAGGGGGCGGGGCGGGGCAAGGCUGGGCUGGGUGUCAGAGGGGAGCGACAUCGAAGACUCAGCAGUUGUGUGUCAGUGUGCAGGGGUGGUGUGGCGUCUCCCGCUCUCCGCCUCACUGACUGGCAAUUGUCACCCAUGCCACCGCUUACUUGGGUCACGUAACUUCACAGUGGGCAUGAAGAAAUUAGAGUCUUGACUCAAGAACGAUAACUAACGUACAUUUCAGUUCCAUGUUAUUUUCGAGUCAACUAAACUUUUAACAGACGUAUUGCAAGUUUAAAGUCCAGACAGUCACAUACUUGUCGGUGUCUCCGCUAACUGGGAGGUGGACUGGAACAAAUAUUACUGCCGAGGACUAGACCACCUUGUUCGGAGAGCACCAAGGAGCCGCGAGGCGCGGUGCGGUACUCAGUGGACGAGCGCCGCGUGUGGCUCAGUGUGGAGGUGGGGACAGUGAACGGUACUUGUCGCCUUAAUGAAGGAUCUGUCCACCACACUGCGAGGGAAGAUUAUUGACUGCAGCCUUGAAGACUGAGUAACUUGGGCAACGUUCACAACUGACAAGACUCGUCAGGCAUUCCCACCGUUCCGAAAUCAAUGUUUGUGUCCGAUUCUGUUUCUUGAACGAGAGACGAACACUGACACAGCACCUCCCAGCACUGGCACGAUGCUCCCCACUGCCGCUCACCUCGCCGACCUCCACCUAAGGGGUAUCUGGCGUGGCGGCCGCUGACUCCAGGUGCGUAUCUCCAACGCUCAAAUCAAGACGAGGCAACUUGCAUGCAGCAGGAGUCGCCAUGACCCACCUCGCUGUGCUGCCUGCCAACAUCCUCCUGGUGACCCUCGCCUCCUUAGCUGGAAGCAGCGAGGACGUUGAUGUACCGAGAUUCCCGGAACAAGUGCCCAACAUCACCGUGACAGUGGGACGAGACGCUCUGCUUCCCUGCACCAUCGAACAGCUCAAAGGCUACAAGGUGGCGUGGGUGCAGGUGGACACUCAGACAAUCCUCACCAUCCAUAAGCAAGUCAUCACCAGGAACCCGAGGAUCGCACUGCUCCACAAUGACCACCGCUCGUGGCACCUGCAGAUCAGUGACGUGAAGGAGAGUGACCGUGGCUGGUACAUGUGUCAGGUGAACACCGACCCGAUGAGGUCCCGCCAAGGAUACAUGGACGUGGUGGUCCCUCCGGAUAUUAUUGACCAAGAGUCCUCCGGAGACCUGACCGUGCGGGAGGGACAAGAUGUUACACUGACUUGUCGCGCUAAAGGUCAUCCCGCACCAAGCAUCACAUGGCGGCGGGAGGACAACCAGGAUAUCAUUCUUGACUCAACGCAAACAGGGAGUGGUCUGGCCGCGCUAGACCUUCAAAGCGUCAGCAACAGUGGAAUGAAAAAAAUUCGGCUCCAACACGACGAGGUGGAUGCUGGAGUGUACACGGCGCUCUGGGAUGGUAUGAACGGUGGCUGGGCUGAGAGAGGCUCCGGUGGCAUUGGCGCAGAAGAGAUAUUCCUUCCUGGUGCGUCUGGUUCGAGAAACAACGACGGCGUGAGGAGCAGUGCAGGGAAGCGGCAAGUGGUAGAGGGAGAGACACUCCUCCUGACGAAGGUAUCACGUCUCCAGAUGGGGUCAUACCUCUGUAUUGCCUCCAACGGCAUUCCUCCCUCCGUCAGUAAACGAGCUCAUCUGAAGGUGCAGUUUCCUCCAAUGACGUGGGUUCCUCAGCAGCUGGUGGGUGCUUACGUAGGGCAGGAGCUUACCAUUGCCUGUAACACUGAGGCUUUCCCCAAGAGCAUCAAUUACUGGACCAACGAAGAAGGAGAUAUGAUCAUUUCAGAAGGUCGGUUCGAGACACUGACGGUGGAGAGGUCGUACAAGGUGGACAUGAAGCUGAGGAUAAUGAGAGUGGAGCCCCAAGACUUCGGAAAAUACAAGUGUCUGGCGAAGAACUCCCUCGGAGAGACGGACGGGAGCAUUCAAGUAUAUGAGAUCGAACCACCCAAGACAUUUACGCGAGCAGAAGACGAGGCAGAACUGCAUCCUGGGACUCCAGGAUACGCAUCGACACCAUUGGGUUCAGAGAGGAACAAGUACCCAAAGUCUCUCAACCCGAAAGGAAUGAACGACCUCGCUUCACCAAGACACUUUGGCAAGGCUAAUGAGGCGCCAGACUUGAUGGAUAUGCACGGGACGACCCUCCACCACGACCCUCGACCUGGCUACCACUACCCGGCUGGUCAGAGCGGCAAGAGCAUACGACCUGUUGGGGACCCAGUGCUUCUAGCGGCGGUUGGAGUCUGGGUGAUUGGUCUGACAGUGCUUAUUCAGAUGUUGUAACUUCUCUCUCGAAGAUGAAGGAAAAUGACUGUAGAAAAUUACCGUGUGUAUUUCUCUCUCUCUCUCUCUCUCUCUCUCUCUCUCUCUCUCUCUCUCUCUCUCUCUCUCUCUCUCUCUCUCUUUCGGGAGUUUUAUGGAGAUGUACAUGGUGGAAUGUGUGGAUUAGAUGGCAAGAUGGAUGGUAAGGUAAGUUGUUUAGUUUUGAGAGGCCUUGUCAGUGAUAUUCUGGUGCGUACAUACAGACAGACGCACACACGUAUACCUUACACACACACACACACACACACACACACACAAAUACACAUACACACACUUAAAUGACUCCUUAAAUUGGUGCCGUGGUUUUUUCAGCUUCUUGUAACAAAACACGAGAGGUGCUCCUAUGUGUGUAUGUAUUUCAAUGUAUGUGUAUGUACAUUCUGAUGCAUCAAUGUUCGUGUAUAUACGUAUGUCCCGUGUGGAGGUCAUUACACGUGCUUUUCGCUAGACAGUGAGCGAUGCAAGAUUAAGGGCGAAAGAAAAGACUUUUUUUUUUUGUCGUCUUUGUAACAGAACGACUUCUUGGUCACUUUCCGUCACCCGCAGUCAGACGACAAGCGGGAAAGACCACUUGAGAAAUAUUAUAUUAUGGUUUAUAAUAAAUGAGCACAUGUAACUCCUUUGUGGUGGUUGUGCGGAUGAAGAGAAUCUCGUGCUCAAAAAAAAAAAAGAUAAAUAAAUAAAUAAAAUAAAAUAAAUAGAUAAAAUAAAUAAAUAAAUGAAAAUAAAUAAAUCAAAAUAAAUAGAUAACACUAGCACCAACAACGAUAACAUGAACGUUAACUGGUGCAAAACAAAGUCAUUUAUUUAGAUGCGCUUACUGUAAAUGUUAACAGGGACUUGUUUUCUUGGUAGUAAGGAUGAAGAAAAGUUAUAUAAAAAAAAAAAAAACUUAAUAUUGUUACACUCGAAACUAAAAAAAAAAAAAAAAAAGUAGAAAAAACACUGGUCGAAACUUCCCUUCCGUGACUGUGAAAAUCAAGGGAAAUCCAGGAAACAGAUAGAAAAACAACCCAAAAAUAGUAGUAAUAAAGAUCAUGACAGAAACAAAACUUAAUGUCAUCUAGUGAAAAGCAAAACACUAACUGAAGCACUCUUUUCGAAACAAUAAAGAUCAAGGGAAGCAAAAUAAACUGAAAACGGAAACACCGACGUGACCAAGAUACAAACAAAAGUAAUAUCCAAACGUUCGUUACUGCUGGAAUUGCUAUUUUUAACGCUGACAAGUAAGGAAAACCCAUAAAACAACCCGGAAAAAAAAAAAAAAACAGGCAGCAGCAGCAACAACGACGACGACAGCAGGAAGGUGAUCAUGAUGGCGGAGGGCGGGAGAGAAAUUAAUACUGGAUCCACAGUUGACGCCGCGGUGAUCAAUCUUUCAGGCUCAGGUAAUGAAGGAUUCACGCCGCGGUUCAAAGGUCCGCUCACGGGCUACAAAAAGACUCAUAACGCCCCUGCCAGACGCCCGUCUGUCAGGAUCGUGGCGAGAAAUAAAAUGAGAUGACCAAUGUGUCGCUCUGCGUUAACCAUCUUGUGACACCUGAUGGGACUGAUGAGAUCGCCUCCCUCCCUCCCUCCCUCUCCGCUCCUGUUUGGUAAUGGCUGCAAUGGUGCUGACCGCUAUCGUUUUUAGUGUAUGGAGAUGAUUGUGGUGGUGGUCGUGGUGGUGGUGGUGGUAGUAGUAGUAGUAGUAGUAGUAGUAGUAGUAGUAGUAGUAGUAGUACUAGUAAUAUUAUUAUUAUUAUUAUUAUUAUUAUUAUUAUUAUUAUUAUUAUUAUUAUUAUUAUCAUUAUUAUUAUUAUUACUAUUAUUAUAGUAUUGUUGUUGUUGUUGUUGUUGUUGUUGCUGAUUAUAACUUCUCAGUAGCUUGGUCGAAAAGAGUGCUUUCAUUUUCGAAAUAAAUCUCAGCAGGAGCAGCACAAUCAUCAACAACAACAUCAUCAACAACAACAACAACAACAACAACAGUGAUAGUAAUAAAAAUAGCAGCAGUAGCAACAGCAGUGGUAGUAGUAGUAUCAGCAACAACAGUAGCAUCUGUGGCACUAGUAAUAGUAGCAGCAGCAGGUGCAGUAGUAGCAGGUGUAGUAGUAGCAGCACAGUCUCUGUUAUCAGCAUCAUCGUAGCCUUUAUCAACAUGAAUUUUGGUUCCUGAUCCUUCUAUCAAUACUAGAUGAAAUCUUUUGGGUGGUCUUCUGCUGAGGCUGGUAGUAACCUUUUCUGUGCUGCUGAAAGAUGCACACCAAUGAUUCCGUGAGCAACAUAGAACGAGUUUAUUGAAGAUAUAGAAAUAUUAAUGCGACAGCCUCUUCUUUCUUUUCAUGCUGGGAUUCUGUGCGCCGGCGGUGCUUCCCUUAAUGGAUUUAUGGUUGUCCUGACGUAAGGAGAAUCCUUUCGCGUUUUUCAUCCCUUGACUGCAGCAAUAGGGUGACGGAAUGUGAUUCGGAAGAGUACAAAUAUUAGGCUCAGUUGGUCUCUCUGUCACUCCAUCACGAGGCUGACUCAUGAGAGAGACCGUUGCUCCGGCUUUGUGCGUGCGGUCAUCAUGGGUCAGAAAAAAAAUACUGUAGUUGUUAGACUUGUUCAUGUAACUUUCUUCCAUCCGUUAGAUUUACCAAACAUCUGUCCAUUAUCAUACUCCCUCCCCCGUCCCCCACACUCCCUGUACAGCAACUUUUGAUUAACUCUCUUCACCGACACGAUACAUUCAUAACCAUCUCGGCUUGCGUGCUUGAUCCCUAGUCUGCUAACAUGUCACCUGCAGGGGCGGGACCGUAACUUGCGUGGUAAUAAACAAAAGCUCACAUUUUUCAUACCAGUAAUACUUCUAAGCGACAAAGAAAAAUGCAACUCCCGUAAACAUGUGAUGAUGAAAAAAAAAAAGACUUAUUAUUUAUAUUCGUCAAGUUGAACAUUGCAAGACAAGUAAAGUUUAUGAUCCGAUGCAGCAGUAUGGAAAACAACUAAGAUUACUUCAUGAAGGGUUGAAGCAACACAGCUGUGCGGCGUAGGUGUUCCAUACCCGGGUGUUGUUUGGGUGUUGGUGACUGGCUGGACAUGUACCAUAUUAUUUAAAAAAAUCCCGGCUGAUACAAAUGGUGCUGGCUGCAGUUUGGAGAUAAAACUAAUUAUUAUUAUUAUUAUUACCAUUAUUAUUAUUAUUAUUAUUAUUAUUAUUAUUAUUAUUAUUAUUAUUAUUAUUAUUAUUACUAUUUAUCUUUUUUUUAUUCAUUAUUUUUUUUUUAGCAGAGUGGAUUCCUUGAUGUAUCCAGUGACCGUAUUCUCAAACAUUUCGGCGCCUCAUCUUGCCUACAUUUAACAGGCUGUAGUAGAAGUUGUCAGUGUUUUCAAGGUUGCUUUCAUAACUGUAAUGUUAGUUUACAAAAGAAUUCUGCAUCAUCAAAGAGAGAGAGGGGAAAAAAAAAAAACAUCCAUGAGAACACGACAAAUAAUCUAUGAGGCUUUUGAAAAAUAGUCCUUCUGAACGCCCAUAGCGUCUCAAGAUGCGGGUCCGGCAGAUUCGAUCCACCCUACCGGCUCAGCUCGUCCAUCCCCCACAAGACAUAACCAGGCUGCUCUUCUGUGUACAUUUUCCCCCUGAAUCAUUGUUUUUUCUUUCUCAUGUUCAAAUAAAGUUGGGUAACAUAUAUUACAUCUACUGAAUACCCUUCUGUCUGCUACAAUAAAACUGAAUAUAUAAA